ACCGGCCUGUUGAAAUGUGCCAAAGAACCAAAGGAACAACCGUUAACGCUCCCUGACCUACAUCAGCGCUGCAGCGGUGUUAGCCUGGCAUUGCUACGUGGCACGGCACACCUACUGCAGUGGCAGCACAGCACACACAGCACUGGGGGGAAUCCAAAUCUGGGGCGGGGGGAGGGGUCCCUCGUUUGAAAGCGUCAUGAGGAAUCUGUCCCAUUUUCUUUUGCAUUUCACCAGAGCAGGCUGGUCAAUUUCAAGUUGAGGCUAGAGCUCAUUUUGCUUGUAAUUGUGCCUUUGGCAAACCGGGGGUGGGGGGGGGAAGGGUGUCCCCUAAACUACCUGAGUCCUGUUCCUUGCCGGGGGGGGGGCUAUUUGGACAGGUGAGCUGGGAUGGCCGGGGGGGGGACUGUGUGGACGGGGGAGCCCCGCAAAAUCUCCCCACUGCAAACUCUUUUAUUUCGCCUUUUUCACGCCCCUAGCAUUUGCAAAGCGCAGCUCUGCACACCGCCUUAAGCCCUCACGUUUCGAAGUCGCAGGCUCGGUUAAUCUCUCCCGGGAGGCAGCCGAAGGCGGACUCACUCCCCAGGAAUUCACAUGCUCCAGCCGCACACGCGCCUGCAACGCAGGGCUCCAGGGCACGGCCCUGGGAACUACAAGUCCCGCCAGCCACCGGGCUGGGCAGGCGCCCUGGCCGCCCGCUUCACGCGCCCGCUGCUCGCCGAAAGUGUGUCACUGGGGCACGAGGCUCUCCCCGGGAAUCACAUGGUGGAUGCUCCGGAGCCGCGUGCUGGAGACUGCGCAGCUGCGGCGGCUCCCAGGCAAAGAGGCUGGAGCCGGAGCCCUGGCAGAGUAAAGUAUUGCAGAGGAGGGAGAGGCGGCGGCACGCAGAGCUCCCGUCCUGCCCGCGCCCCCAGCCCUGAGCAGAGGCAGCGCAGCGACCCAGCGCAGGCUCUGCCGGCCAGCCAGGGGCUUCCCCCGCUCCCGGGAGGGAGGUUCUCAGCCAGGCUUGCAGGCCAGCGCGCCGCUAAGGAUGGCAGCUCCGGACUCCAACAACAACACAGGUGGCGUGAUCAGCUACAUCGGCUCCAGCGGCUCCUCGCCCAGCCGCACGAGCCCCGUCUCCCUGUGCAGCGACAGCUCCAACGGCAGCUUCCAGUCCGGCUCGCAGGCCUUCCCCUCCUACUUCCCGCCCUCGCCCACUGGCUCCCUGACCCACGACUCGCGGCCCUACAGCGCUGGGCUGCAGGGCUCGCGGGAGGAUGGCUCCCCUUCCUCGUCAUCCUCCUCUUCCUCCUCCUCGUACGGCUCCUCCGGGACCUCCCCUGGGGGCCUGCAGGUCGCCAUGGACGAUGGGAGGCGCAUCUCUCCCAGCAAGACCACCAGCAACAUAACCAAGCUGAACGGGAUGGUUCUGCUUUGCAAAGUGUGUGGAGAUGUCGCCUCAGGCUUCCACUAUGGGGUCCAUGCCUGCGAGGGCUGCAAGGGUUUCUUCCGACGCAGCAUUCAGCAAAACAUCCAGUACAAAAAGUGCCUGAAAAACGAGAACUGCUCCAUCAUCCGAAUCAACCGGAACCGGUGCCAGCAGUGCCGCUUCAAGAAAUGCCUGUCGGUCGGCAUGUCCCGGGACGCCCCACGGAGGCCAUGGACGACGUCAUCUCACAGGUGACCAAGGCGCACAGGGAGAUCUUCAUCUAUGCCCAUGACAAGCUGGGCACGGCGCUGCCACGGCCGUGCGACAACAACGCCCUCAACUGGGAGAACCAGCGCUGUGCCAACAGCUACCAGGGCAACAGCCUCUAUCGCCACAACAACAACCACCUGCCCCAUCCCGACGCCUCCCGCUUCCCCGCCUGGCACUCCAGCUCCCCCAGCACCUGCAACCAGAACAACAGGAACAGCCACCGGCUCUGCCCCACCGGCUACCCCUCCUUGGCCCAGGAGGCCGAGACCCCGGCAGCCCAGGGCUGCCCAUGGCAAAGGGGCACCAAGGACAUCCUGCUGGCAUGCCCCAUGAAUGCGCACCCGCACGGCAGGAGCGGCCACACCGUCCAGGAGAUCUGGGAGGAUUUCUCGUUGAGCUUCACGCCUGCCGUCCGGGAGGUGGUGGAGUUUGCCAAGCACAUACCAGGCUUCAAGGACCUGUCGCAGCACGACCAAGUGGCCCUGCUCAAAGCCGGCACCUUCGAGGUGCUGAUGGUGCGGUUCGCCCCCCUGUUCAACGUGAAGGAGCAGACGGUGAUGUUCAUGAGCCGCACGACCUACAGCCUGGGGGAGCUGUGGGGGAUGGGCAUGGGCGACCUGCUCAGCUCCAUGUUCGAGUUCAGCGAGAAGCUCGGCUCCCUGGAGCUGACCGAGGAGGAGCUGGGCCUCUUCACCGCCGUCGUGCUGGUCUCGGCAGACCGCUCUGGCAUGGAGAACACGGCGUCAGUGGAGCAGCUGCAGGAGACCCUGAUCCGUGCCCUGCGCGCGCUGAUCCUCAAGAACCACCCCACGGAGACCUCACGCUUCACCAAGCUGCUGCUCAAGCUGCCCGACCUGCGCACCCUGAACAACAUGCAUUCGGAGAAGCUGCUGUCCUUCCGCAUCGAUGCCCAGUAGGGGCCCCCCGGCCCCCGCCCCGGGACCCUCCGCCGAGAAACCCACCAGACUCUCAUUGCUGUUGCUGAUUCAGCCAAGACAGAGCCCCCGGGGCAGCCCCCCCUGUAAAUAGUGAUCUGUGUAUAUUGGAGUCGUGUUCUCGAUCGCUGCUGCCCCCCGUGGAGGGCUGGAGCCCAGCUCUGUCUGAGCCACACGGGAAAUAAUAUAUUGAAACCAAUGCCUUGGCCUGGACCGUCCCUUCCUGAGUGAGCCGGGCCCCCUGCUCCUGCCCUGGGUCGAGGGCACCCCGCCUGCUGCUCACUGCGAAGGGGGAGGGGAGAGCUGGAUGCCUGGGUCCUGCAUUCUACAGGGAGAGGACACGUGGGUGGCAGGGCUCGUGUGGGGGGAGCCCCCGAGGGCUCCUGGGCUCUAGCCACAGCUGGGAGGGCCAGUGGCCAGAGCCGAGUGGAGCAGGAGCUGGGAGCCCUGGGCUCUGUUCCCAGUCACUUGCCGAGCUGGGGAGUUCCCUGGGGGGGCCAGGCCCUGCAGCAACUCUAGCCUAGUGACCGGCCUUGCCCCAGCUGUCGGCUUCAGCAUCGUGAACACCGGCCCAGGGCACAUGGCUGGCUGCUGCAGAGCGCCCGAGGCACCCUUCCUGUCCCCCAGGGCAUGGGGCUCACUGGCUGCAGGGACAGGUUAUCCUGCCUACACCCUCCCGGACCCAACUCACGCCACGUGCUGGGGAGGACUCUGGAUUCAGCCUGGGCCCUGGUUUCCUCAGAUGCAAGUGGCUGAUCCUGAGGGAGGGUGGGGGGUGCAGAUUCACAGAGGGAGGGGUCUGGCUGUGCCCUCAGCUGUGUGUGUGUCCAUCCCCGCAGUCAAAGGCAGAGCUGCAGUCACUGCGUCAGGGCGGCCCAGGACCAAAGUGUUGUUCUAAAUGCGCAGAUGCGCCCCGCCGCCUGCCCCAGCAGCGCAGGCCCGUUCUGCCAGGUGCCUGCUGCCCUCAGGGCAAGCUGCAGUGCCCCUUGGCCUCGUUACCACCACCCGACUCAUAGCCCCAGCCUAGAAACGCGCCCCCCUGCCUCAAUUUGGCUCAGGUAUCCCCUGGGGGGGAUGCCCCGCUGCCCCUCAGCUCUCACCCCAAAUUCUGCAGCCUCCUGUGGUGACGGGGUGCCUACCCCUGCCCUCGCGGCUGGACACAGAAAUCAGAGGCCAGCGGGGCAGUGGGGGUGGGGGUGGUUGUUUUUCAUCAUAUAUUUAUUACAUAAAUAUAUAGUAAAAUAGACCAGCAACAAUUACCAUAAAAAUAUCUUUCUUUAAAAUCCUGACCAAAAACACAAAGGGUUUAAAAUCGCACGUCACAGACACUGUGAUUGUCAUGUACAGCAGCAGCUCUCUGCCGCCCAGCCCCCUCCCUCGUGGGGCACGGGGGAGAGUAAGGAGGGUGGUCUCACCUCCCUGUUCCCCAAGCCCCCGUCCCCCCAAUGCACAGAGACCCAUACGCCGACAUACAUUCAGUAACUCCUGCCACUGCCCUUCCACGCUGCCACAGCUGCGAGAGCCACAAUGCAUAGUACAUGGGGUGGGGGGGAGGCCCCCCCUCGAUAACUGGACACAGUAGGGAAGGACCCCUCCCCCCCAGAGCGCCAAGCGAGUUCACUGUCUCUAGAGAUGGGCUGGAUUUGAAGCUGCUCCCCAUUCCCCCUGCAAUGCUGCUGGGGGGGUGGGCGGGCGGGAGGGAGGUACCAGGUCCAGAAGCUAGGAGGUAUGUGCUUGGUGACCAAAUACUCGGGGGGGGGGGGCCCACAGGCUGCCUCUGGCAGGGAGCUGGGGAGGCGGGGGUGUCAUAGCACAGCCUGCCCGAUGGGGGAGCUGGGCUGGGGGGCCUCUGGGAGCAGAGACGGGGGAGAUAGCAUCACUGGACGUGCAACUGCAACAGAGACCAACAGAUAUGAGACGGAGCCACCCCGGGGGAGCAGCUGGACCCCAGCCACAAACGGGGUGUAACGCGAGGGUGGGGCCCCACUGUGCACGCGCGUGUGUGUGCGUGCCCGGUGUGUGUGCGCGCGCAGGUGGCUGGCACUGAACCUGUCCCCCAGGAGUGAAGUCGGGGCCCCCACUGCUGGGGGUCGUUUUACACAAGACAAGCCCCCUGCCCCCCCAACAUGUCUGAGCCCUGAAUGCCUGAGGCUCCCUCCGAGCAAUUAUUGUGGGGGGUGGCCUGGAGGCCCCCCUGGGGAAUGGAUUUGUCUGAAGACUCCUGCAGACUCUCCGCUCCUUUGAAAUGGUGGGAAGAGGGGAGGUUGUGGGGGUAGGGGUGGUUUUAGCUAGUGUACCCCCCCAGGCCGAGCCCCCCUCCCAGGCUGGCUGGCUGUGGGGCUGAAGCACAGCUCCUGAGGGGGGGAGCAUGGGGGCAUGAUUGUCCUCUCUGCACCCCCAAGGAGCUGCCCUGCCUGAGCCCUGGGGCUGGGGGGGGUCUCAGCGGGGGCGCAGGGAUACAUAGGUGUAGCACAAACACUACAGCGUGCAGCACCCCCCGCUGUAUACACACACCUGCUCACACCCGCCAGCCUCGCACACCCGAGCCCCAAGGAGAUCGACGCUGGCUGGCCAAGGGGAGCAGGCCACGGCGGGUGGUGGAGGGGCUGGGGCAGCCGACGGGGCACCCGGCCGGGAAAGUUGCGAUGAGAAGAG